AUGAGCCAAGACGAGGGGCAAACAGAAGGGAAGCAGAUCUCAUCGGUCGUUUCAUUUUUGAAGAAGAAUGAGAGGCCUCCUCGGUCUAAUGAGGAAGGUGGUAAGGCCAAUGAGAAGCAGCCCACAACCAGGGAGAAGACCCAAGCGGAGCCCCGACGUGGCGACGAAGUCACGCAGGAAGAUAAAGCCAAGCGAACCGUUUUUAUUGGGAAUGUACCAUUUAAGGGCAUGCGGAAGUGGAAGCUGCUUAAAUUGUUGGGCGUGAAGGAGUCCGCCGUUGAAUCGGUCCGAUUCCGAUCUCAACCCAUGGAGGAGGCCUACGUCGACAGAAAAAAAUUGGGAGUCAUUUUAAAGAAAUUUACUGUAAGUGUGUAUGUGUGUGUUGGGUGGAUAGGCAGCCCCGAGAUGCACUCAGCUGUGCAGUGCAGCGCAGUGCAGUGCAGUGGUGUUAUGGUCUGUCCUGUUCUGUCCUGUCCUGUUCUGUCCUGUCCUGUCCUGCCCUGUCCUGCCCUGUCCUGUCCUGUCCUGCCCUGUCCUGCCCUGUCCUGUCCUGUCCUGUUCUAUCCUGACGCCAAGGACAACCAGAACGCCUUCAUCACACUGAAGAAGGAGGAGAGCUUGCCUGACUUGCUUAACAAAAACGGCAUGGUCCACGAGGGCUAUGUGCUACGAAUCAACAUGAUGGGAGAGAAGACCAACUUCAGCCGCAAGAAAUCUGUGUGCAUAAAAAAUUUGGAUCGAAAAAUAAACGAGUCAGAUUUGUACAAGCUGUUGAAGGACAUCGACCAGAUUAAAAGCAUCCGCGUUUUGAGGGAUGAACGGACGAGCAUCUCCAUGGGAGUCUCCUUUGUCCUCUUCCAAAACAGAAGCGCCGUUAAGAAGGCCAUCGAGAUGUUUCACGGCCACUCAGUAAACGGCCGUGAAAUUAUCGUUGAGAAAAUCGAACGUGAGGACGAUGCGCGAGAUGGACCCAAAGAUGUGACCAGACAAGGCAAACAGGUGAAACGAACCAUUUGGAAGAGUCACCGGGAGGAGCAGAAGGUAGGUCAUUGGAAUGGACGCAAUUUAGGUCGUGGGAAUGGACGCAAUAUAGGUCGUGGGAAUGGACGCAAUACUGGCCACCAAACGGCCCACGGAGCUGGACGAAAGAAGAACACGUGGGGGGGGGGUAUGCAUACGGCCGCGAAAAGUGAUGCGAAAAGUGAUGCCAAAGUGAUGCCCAAAUGA